AUGUCUUCUGAGAACAAGCACGUUGUCUUCGACGUCGUUGGGACGUUGGUCUCGUAUGAGGUCUAUUACGAGGCUAUUGAGGCCCGACUAGGCGAUCGCCUGAGGGCUGCUAAUGUUGGACCCCGGAUCUUCGGGUACGCCUGGAUGGAGGCCGGUGAGAAAGAGUACACUUACAUGAGUCUCUCCGGGGGCAAGUACAUCAAAUUCUUUGACAUCUUCCGAGCCAUCUUCUACCGCACGCUGUGGCAGGCUGGCAUUCAGGAGCCGCGCAAGUUCGCAAGCGACGAGGAUCGCGAGUUCCUGCUCGCCGCUUACCGCCAGCUCAAGCCACGCGAGGGUCUGAAAGAAUGCUUUGAGAAGCUGCGCGGUGCCGGUUUCAACGUCUGGGCUCUCACUUCAGGUGACACCCAGCGCGUGGCUAGAUAUCUCGCUGCGGGCGGCGUGGACUUUCCAUCGGACAACUUUGUGUCCUGCGACACCAUUGGAGUGGGAAAACCGGCCCCUGACUCGUACCAGUACAUCCUAGACAAGUUCCCCAAGGAGAAUCUCGAUGUUUGGUUUGGAGCUGCGCACAUCUGGGACACUGCAGGUGCGCGACACUGCGGUUUCAAAGGGGCCUGGGUUUCCCUCUGGGAGAAGGAGCCUUGUCCCGAGGUCUUUGGAGAGAUGGAGGUUACUGCUGAUGACCUCCCGGGGCUAGCAGAUGGAAUUAUCAACUAUUCCGCUAAGUAA